AUGGAUCCUGAACGGCUCAUCCAGUGUCCCUACGACAAGAACCACCAGAUCAGAGCCUGCAGGUUCCCCUACCAUUUGGUGAAGUGCAGAGAGAACAAUAAGAAGAUCGCCAAGGAAUUAGCAACGUGUCCUUACAAUGCCCGUCACAGAGUCCCUCGGCAGGAGCUCAGCUUGCACAUAGCCACUUGUGAAAACAAAGUUUCUCAGGAGUUGGAGGGUGCGGCCUCUGCUUUUACGGCCAGAACGAGAGAGGUCACUGCCUUUCAGAGUCCCCCGUCACAGGAAGAUUGGGAAGCAGAUGCUGUUGAGGCUCCUGCCCCUCCUUUUGUGUUUGGAGCCAGCCGCAUUCCCAGAAUCCCUCACACCUUGACCACGCUCCCAGAAUGCUUGGCUCUCCCACAGCCACGCUCCCAGAAUCCCCCUCACUUUGACCACACUCCCAGAAUGCUUGGCUCUCCCACAGCCGCAUUCCCAGAAUCCCUCACACCUUGA